GGUCCGACCGGCAGCGUUAUUUCGGGACCUGCCGUACUCGGGGGUGGCGGAUAUCCGCCGACGAACGCGCAAGGCCAGCGCAUCUGCCGCCAGUGUGGGCUGCCCGGCCGCUACAAAGAAGGCAAGUGCGUCGAAAAGUGGGGUCCAGGGCCCGAGGGGCCAGGAACCGUCUGUGAUAGAUGCCGGAAGAAGAUGAAGCGCGUCGAGCGGCGCGGGACACUCGAUGGUCAGAUGGCGAACAGCAUGGCGCUCCAUCCCGCAGCCAUCCACCCCUCCCAGCAUCAUCACAGCCAACUCAAUGGCCGCCCGGGCUCUGAUCGCACGCUCCACCGCACCGACACCAUGCCCGUUCAUCAUACUUCUCAGUCCUCUCGCGCGCUCGGACCAAGCGGCCCGCACAUUCUUGCCUCGCCGCCUUACGGCCGGCAUGACCGCGAGCGCGAUGAAUCGCGCACACGCCCUGGCACGCCGCACGGACAGCGCAUGGGCACGCAGCGCGCGCCGACGCCGCCGUACAUCGCGACGCUGCCGGGCUCGUCCGUGAACGACGAAGAGUACGAGGCGGACCGUGCGCCGCGCCAGCGGGGCUCGCGCGCCCAGUCGCCCGCGUCGCACCACCACCGUGCGCGUGUGAACGGGAGCAAGUCGUCGAGCGCGACUCCGCCGGUGAACGGCAUGGUGAACGGCGUGAGCUCGGCGCGCGGCUCGCCAAGGGGCUCGGACAUGUCGCGCACGAGCGGAGGCGACAAGCAGCGCUCGGACGUCGACAUGGACGCCGACGCGGAUGCCGAUGCCGAUGCCGACCCCGACGCGGAGGCGGAGGUGGACGCUGACGCCGAUCCGGAUGCGGAACUGCUCGAGGCGGUCGACGCGGCCGAGGCGAACAAUGCCGACGACGAGUGGCUCAAGAAGGAGGAAAUGUGAAGGCAGCUUGCUGAACAUGGUGCAAAACACGACGCUGGUACGAUCCGCACGACACUGACGAGAUUAUUGUGCUAUUCGCUUUUCUCCUUGGCUUACAUAGAAUGUUGUGCAUUUUGUUGUUUUCAUGCGGACUGUCGUCGAAUCCAAAUAUUGUAAUUUUAGCCUGUCAUACUUUUUUUGUU